CAGUGUAUUUAAUUUUUCGGGCACAAUUCAAAGAAACGCAAACUGAUAUUUUCGUCAAAAAUUAAAAAAACUUUUAUUUAGAAAAGCCUCAAAUACUAAUUUUGUUAUCGCCUACACUCGUCCCUUCCCUAGCUAUCAAGUAAUCAGGAUAGCAACAAAAUCGUCUUAGUAACGUGCUUUCUGCGCAGUGUCGCCUCAGCUAAAGGAUUCAAAACAACAAAAACCAUCAUUUAAUCCUCAACCACUAGAAGCAUACAGAUUAUCCGAACAAAAUGGUACGGCAACGAUCACGAAAGUCUGUCGAAGAGCUGUACACUUCGAAAUUUGAAGCGAACACGAUUAAAUCCCAAGUGAGCAACAAUAUGGCGAAGAAUUCGCGUGACCGCGGGGAAUACGGAAAUUAUAUUAUCACGAAUACGCCUUACAAUGCCAACUGUCAAUUGACAUCUGGCAACGCAGCAGUUCUUAAUGGCAACAAUGCCACAAUUGGAGCCAGCUGCUUGGCUACAAGUCGUCGCAAGAGUGCACGUCCGGCCAGUAGUAAUAUGAAAUCAGAUAAGUUUUUCGGCAAGGAGGAGAAAGUAAUGAAGCCGGACGAUGCCAAGAAAGAUCACAGCAGCAGUGUUAAAGCUAAAACCGCACGACCAGAAAAAAAUAGUUAUGUUCCGUUACCGGCAGUUUACAAUGUGCCCAACCUGUACGACAAUAAGAAUUACGUAAACUUUGCAGAUAGUAACCGCCAAAAAGAUGUACGCAUUCAAGAGCAUUCUAAUCAUCACCACCAUCAUCACGCCAACAAUCACGACGACGAUAAGGACGAUGACACUGAAGAGUUUUUUGAACUCAUACGUCAAACAGUUGAAAAUGCCAUUGGAAAAUCCAUCUCAGAUCUACUAAAUCGUAAUUUUCGCGAGCUGUCGGCAAAAGUAGAUCGUUUUUCUGCGGAACUGAAGUCUACAAACUCAUUACUUAAGAAACUACAAACUGAAAUAAAUAACAAAGUUGUUCAUUAUGGUGAGGAGAACUCGCGCCAUUUUAGAUAUCUGUGCAUGAAGUCGGAGUAUGACAAAAUGUUCUACCAACACCAUACUAUGCUUGCGUCCUCGUCGGGCACCCAACCAAGUGCCGCACCAACUCCAUCGGAAGUGCCACCGGAGAAACGAGGUGGCGGGUCAAAACAAAGCACAUCAACCAACGAAGGUGAAAAAGUGCAAAAUGCUUGUUCCUGUCGGAACCCCAUUCAGACGCCACCCUCAGCAGCAGAGGAGCGCAGCAUGAGUCAAAAGUCGUCUGAGAUGGGAAUGCGUGAAGUAUUGGAACACAUUCAACGCUUUUGCACUCAAAUUCAAAUGAAUGAACUAAAAUGCGACGAUCAGCCCUUGCCCAAAAGUAACAUUUUUCGCUUAGAAGAUGCCAUGAAAAUGAGCAAGCCCGCCUUCGAAGAAGACGAUGAUGAGUUUCAAAUAAGCUCCGAUGGCAUGACGCCACGUAGCGAUGAACACUUGCACCACAGUAAGUAUGGCGGUACAACAAUGCGUAGUUGCAACACAACGCGUGGGGGCAAUGGAGGUGGGGACGCCUAAAGGCGAUCGCCCGUAGGCGAAUGUAUAGCUGUAUCUGUUGUGCCUGUGCCCAAAUAUGCAUGAUGUGAAAAACAAAACAUACUGGAGAAUCAAACAAGAAGAAGAAGGAAAUGAUCUAAAAAUAAAUUCAGUACAAGAAAUUUUAUGUGAAUAUGGAAUACUGUGGGAGAUGUGCCCACAGGAAAUCUUUAAAUUUUAUUCAGAUAUAAGUAUUCUAAGCCUAGAUCUAAAUUGUGCUCGUUCUCAGUUCUUUACUUUUUAAAUAAUUUAAAUUUUUUUCCCAUAUAUGAAUGUAUUUUAUAUUUACUUUCUUGGUUCCAUGCUAUUAUGGAAUAAACUGUAAUU